CCAUGAAGCAAAGGCAAGAUUCUUGAAUUCUCCAAAUCCCACCAAAAACGACACCGUAUCAUCUCUAUUUUAGCUUGUUUGUUCCCUGUCUUCAUCUUCUUUGUGUGCAUGUAUACAUCUACUCUAUCACAUUCACAUCAUCAUUUUCAUCAUAAAUUACAGUAUUUUGAUUUUCCCCAGAAAAUAAAAUAAAAUAAAAAAUCUAAUAAUUACUCAUUUUAAUUUCACAUCUAUUUACACAGUCUCAGUUUCUCCUUAUUUUAUCUCUCUAUUUAUCUUUUUCUCCUGAACAAUCUGUGUUUUUCAUCCAUUUCUGCGGAAAUUAAGACAAACCCAUUUCGAUUCAUCCUCAAAUCUUCAAAACCCAUGUCUUAAUUUCUCGAAUUUCCCUCAUCUCUCAAUUUCAUUUCCCCUGUUCUUUGAUUUUUUUUUCCCAAUAAAAUCCCGACAUGGCAGCUGCAGCCCUAAGAUCGAAAUCAACCAGAGAAACAGCAAUCUUAACCGCUUACCAAUUCAGAUACUUUGUGAAGAAUAAGAUGCAAGUGGGUCGUACGUCAAGCUCUUAUACUGGUCAUAAAGGUAGCAGACACGAAGAUAGCUUCAUAAACACACCUUUUCAUUUCAUGUCACCUGUUUCACUUCGUGGUGAAUUCAUUGAUAGAGGAAGUAAAUUUGUGGGUUUUAAUCAUCAUAAGAGGAAAUUGAAUUAUGAUUCUAGUGCUUUGAGGUGUUCUGGGGAUCCCCCGGAGGUGUGGCAGCCUCCUUCCGAUGGGGUUGUUGUUCGGGCUCGUGGCGGUGGAGGUGGUGGUGGAGGUGGAAGAGGGGGUGGAAAUGGUGGUGGGUCGAAUGCAGGUGCAGGUGGGGGUGAUGGGUUUGGAUCCAAUUCAAAGGAUGAGUGUUGGGGUGGAUCAAAUUUGGGUAGUGGGUUUCCUACUCCAAAGGAGAUUUGCAAAGGGCUUGAUAAGUUUGUGAUUGGGCAAGAGAAAGCUAAGAAGGUGCUCUCCGUUGCUGUUUACAAUCACUAUAAGAGAAUAUAUUACGAAGUCUUGCAAAGGCAAUCAGGGGAGUCAGCUAAUGGAAAAUCAGAUCCCAAUGAAGAAGUUGUGGAGCUCGAAAAAAGCAACAUUCUUGUAAUGGGUCCUACAGGGUCAGGGAAGACAUUACUUGCAAAAACAAUGGCGAGGCUGGUGAAUGUACCCUUUGUAAUUGCAGAUGCAACCACAUUGACUCAGGCAGGAUAUGUCGGUGAAGAUGUAGAGUCAAUAUUAUACAAGCUUCUCACGGUGGCCGAUUACAACGUGGCAGCUGCUCAACAAGGCAUCGUGUACAUUGAUGAAGUCGACAAAAUUACCAAAAAGGCUGAGAGCCUUAAUAUUAGUAGAGAUGUAUCGGGAGAGGGUGUUCAACAGGCACUAUUGAAAAUGUUGGAAGGAACAAUUGUCAAUGUUCCUGAGAAAGGAGCUCGGAAGCAUCCCAGGGGUGAUAAUAUCCAGAUAGACACAAAGGAUAUUCUUUUCAUCUGCGGGGGUGCUUUUAUCGACUUGGAGAAAACCAUCUCAGAAAGGCGCCAUGAUUCUUCUAUUGGUUUUGGUGCUCCUGUACGUGCAAACAUGAGAACAAGUGGUCCCACGAGUGCCGUUAUAGCUUCAUCCUUAUUGGAUAAUGUAGAAAGUAGUGAUCUUAUUGCUUAUGGUUUGAUACCUGAAUUUGUUGGAAGAUUCCCAAUCCUUGUUAAUUUGUCAGCCCUUACUGAAGAUCAACUUGUCGAGGUUCUUAUGGAGCCGAAAAACGCUCUAGGGAAGCAGUACAAAAAGAUGUUUCAAAUGAAUGGAGUGAAACUGCAUUUCACAGACGAUGCAUUGAGAUUAAUUGCAAAAAAAGCAGUUACUAAGAAUACAGGAGCUCGAGGAUUAAGGGCCUUACUGGAGAAUAUCCUCAUGGAUUCCAUGUACGAGAUUCCUGAUACAAGAACGGGGGAUGAUAUCAUCGAUGCUGUCAUUGUCGAUGAAGAAGCAGUAGGGUUAGAAAGCAAAGGACUUGGAGGUAGAAUUCUUUACGGGAAGGGAGCUCUAAAACGUUAUCUUAAAGAACAAAAGGCGAAAGACGUUGAAAGCUCAGAAGGAGAAGUUGAAGCUGAAUCGGACCUCCCUUCCGUUGUCGCUAGUAUGUAAAACUUUCGGGUGAAGGGAUAACCCAUUUGUAGUUUUAUCACUGUACAGUAUCCAUAAAAUUAAGUACAAAAUAAGAGCAAUCAUUUUUAGAAAAAUAGCAGGGUGAGGGGAGCAAAGGGAGUGGGAAAAAGAAAGGAUCAUAUGUGUAUUUGUAUCAUUUUUCUGGAAAUCUGUAAUUUCUUCACCCUUCUCCGAGUAAAUGGAUUUCUUUCUGCAUGUA